AUGAUGGACGGGAGUCGAGAGAUAGUCGCUAUCAAGUGCGUGGAUAAAAGCUCACUCUCUAAAUCGGCAAUCGAUAAUCUGGUGACGGAAAUUAAGCUGUUAAAUGUUCUCAAACAGGAGCACAUUGUAGAGAUGAAAGACUUUUUCUGGGACGAAGGGAAUAUAUAUAUCGUCAUGGAAUACUGCGACGGCGGGGAUUUAUCGAGUUUUAUAAAGAAAAAGCAUAAACUGCCUGAAAACAUUUGCCGCAGAUUUUUGCAACAGCUCGCAUUAGCACUGAGAUAUCUUCGUGAACAUAAUGUCUGUCAUAUGGAUCUUAAACCGCAGAAUUUAUUGCUAAUGAGGAAACCUCAAUUAGUACUCAAAGUUGGAGAUUUUGGUUUUGCGCAGUAUUUUUCCGCCUCGGAACAUAAAGUCACGAUACGUGGUUCGCCUCUUUACAUGGCACCUGAAAUGUUAUUAAAACAUAAAUAUGACGCUCGCGUCGAUCUAUGGAGCGUCGGAGUGAUUAUGUACGAGUGUCUUUUUGGAAAGGCUCCUUAUUCUAGCAGUAGCUUUCAAGAACUUGCGGAAAAGAUCAAGGAUUGCCGACCUAUUGAGAUUCCAAAGGCGUCUCAUGUGUCUCCAAUGUGUAAGGACUUACUUAUGGCUCUAUUGAAGCAUAAUCCUGCCGAUCGGAUGACGUACGACGAGUUUUUCGCGCACGAUUUUCUGGACUUAGAACACGCGCCGACGGAAGAAAAUUACCAUAAGGCAGUAACAUUAGUGCACAAGGCCGUUGAAGCAGACGCCGAAAAAAAUCCAAAAGAAGCAUUUUACCUGUAUUGCGAAGCUCUUAGAUAUUUUAUUCCAAUUUUGACAAACGAAAGCGAUUUAAAACGUAAGGAAGUAUUACGACAUCAUGUGAAUGAUUACAUAAGAAGAGCAGAAACGCUCAAAGUGGCAUUUAUAGAUAAUAACGAUGGAAAGUGUCUACGAUCGGAAAAUAAAAAGGAAGGCACAUCGCUUCAAAAAGUAUCCUCCUUAGAGAAGAACUCGGCAUUCGCGUACAACGAAUUACGAACUCUCAGUAGAAGUACUACAAGUAUGACGGAUGCGCUUGAGAUAGGAGAAGCUGCCGAACAGUAUCUCGCCGAGGGUAAUUACACUUUGGCACUAGAAAAAUUUCAAUCUUGUUUGAGCAUACUUGUACCUUUAUUGGGUAAGGAACCAUUAGGCCGAAGAAGAGAAUUGCUGCAUAAACAGGUACAGAUUUGGAUGAAAGAAGCCGAAAGUACAAAAGGACUUUUAGCUACCAAAGAUAUAGAUUCCUCACAACGAACAUUUGAUGAGCAAUGCGUAGUACAAUAAUAAUGAUGACUUACAUUCUAUUGACUUUACAAUAAUAAUGUUUAAUUGUAUAUAUGUAAUGAUGAUACGUGUUUUUCUCCAUAUAGUACCAUGUUCCAUUACUCUCUCUAUAUG